CGCCGGCCGGGGCGUGCGGGGCCGCGCGCCCCGCCCGGGCUCCAUCCAUCGCCUAGCUGCACCUACAGCUACAGCUAUAGAGAGAGGAGAGGCGAGGAGACGAGAGACCCGGCUACGCAUGCACGCCACCGCGCUCCAUUGGCCGCCCCGUUGCCAUCACCGCGCCCAUCGCCCCAUCCUCCGAUUAAACUACUCCAUCGCUAGUAAGCAGAAUCGAUCGAUCACAGCAAGCUCGCACACCCGCGAUCCAUCCUCCAUUAGCUCCUCCUCUUCUCCUUGCUCCUCCAGAUCAGGUGCAUGACAGCACCGCGCGCUCAGGUGGCCACCGGCGAGACCUAGCUAGGUAGGGAGGGAGGCUGGGAGGGAGGGAGCGAUGGAGCAGGGGGAGGAGGACGGGGACUGGAUGAUGGAGCCGGCGGCGGGGAAGAAGGGCGGGGCGAUGAUCGACAGGAAGAAGCGCUUCAGCGAGGAGCAGAUCAAGUCGCUCGAGUCCAUGUUCGCCACACAGACCAAGCUGGAGCCCCGCCAGAAGCUGCAGCUGGCCCGGGAGCUCGGCCUGCAGCCGCGCCAGGUCGCCAUCUGGUUCCAGAACAAGCGCGCGCGCUGGAAGUCCAAGCAGCUCGAGCGCCAGUACGCCGCGCUCCGCGACGACUACGACGCGCUGCUCUCCAGCUACGACCAGCUCAAGAAGGACAAGCAAGCGCUCCUCAACCAGCUGGAGAAGCUAGCGGAGAUGCUGCGGGAGCCGGGCGGGGCCAAGUGCGGAGAUAAUGCCGGCGCUGCCGCCAGGGACGACGUGCGCUUUGCCGUGGCCGGCAUGAGCAUGAAGGACGAGUUCGUGGACGCCGGCGGGGCCAGCAAGCUCUACUCGGCGUCCGAGGGCUGCGGCGGCAGCGGCAAGCUCUCGCUCUUCGGCGAGGACGACGACGACGCGGGCCUCUUCCUCCGGCCCUCGCUGCAGCUGCCAACCGCGCACGACGGCGGCUUCACGGCGUCUGGGCCGGCCGAGUACCAGCAGCAGUCGCCGUCGUCGUUCCCGUUCCACUCGAGCUGGCCGUCGUCCGCGGCGGAGCAGACCUGCAGCAGCUCCCAAUGGUGGGAGUUCGAGUCCCCGAGCGAGUAGUGGUCGGUCAAGCACCAUACAAGGAAUCGCCGACGUGAUCGGCCAUGCAACAAGAUCAGUGCUCGCAACACAUACAGAGCACUACUGCCGAUCGAACCCGUGGAGAAGACGACGCGAUCGAUCGAUCAUAUGCAACCGAUGGUGGUAGUGGUACGGUGUCAGUGUGUACAUAGCUCGAAACCCAGGUCUGUCCAGUCCAGUCCAGGGAGUCUCUUCCUUCUCAAUCAGCAGUCAGCACGCCAUUUUUCUUCACCCUCUUCCUCUUCUUUAAUUACUUGCUCUUGUUAAUUACCUGCCACACCGUGUAAUCCGUCGAAACUAGUCACAAAACCAAACUUAUAGAGAUCGAUCUUCAGAUGCA